AUGAGUGAAAUAAUGAAUGUUCAAGCCAAUACAUCGAAUGUACCAGCUAUUGCAUGCAAUCGGUUCCAUUAUAAAACAGCUAUUGUUACUGGAGCUGGUUCCGGUAUAGGACGAGCUGUACUUUUACGUCUGGUCGACGAGGGUGCUUGUGUUUUUGGUAUUGAUCUCAAUGAAACUGGAUUAAAAGAAACGAUUCAAUCAUCAUCUCACCCAGAACGGAUUUCAAUAGCUGUAAUGUCUGUUACGGAUGAAGAAAAAGUGAUCGAAAAAAUCAACAAAUAUGUAACUCUUCGAGGUCAUCUCGAUGUUCUUGUCAAUGUAGCUGGUAUAUUACGUACAAGUUCAGUCGCUGACACAUCAUUAUCAGAUUUUCGUACUGUUCUUGAUACAAAUUUGAUUGGAACAUUUCUGAUGUGUCGUACUUGUCUUCCUCAUUUAGUAACUACAAAAGGUAAUAUAAUAAAUAUCGCUUCAACAGCUGCUCUACAUGGUCAUCCAUUUAUGUCUGCAUAUGCAGCAAGUAAAGGGGCUAUUGUUGCAUUUACAAAAGCUCUUGCACGAGAAUAUCUUCUUCAAGAUGUACGUGCAAAUGUUGUAGCUCCAGGUGGUAUCGAUACGCCCAUGAAUAAGAAUGUUCAAUUGCCGUUAAAUGUGAAUCAUCGUUUAUUUGAUAAUUUAAGAAUGCCCAAUGGACGAUUUGGUAAACCAGAAGAUGUGGCUGGCGUCGUGGCUAUGUUAGCAUCUCAAGAUGGAUGUUUCAUAAAUGGAGACAUAAUUCGUGUCGAUGGUGGUGUUCAUAGUUGA